AUGCCUAUCAGGAACCCUUUUGCGAAGAGGGUAGAGCCCACACCACAGCCGUACGAAGAGGGCAUUCGACCGCUACCACAAGACAGACCUGGCUUUGAGAAGGUUGAUACCACUGGAUCGAAGAGUUCUUCUGCGAUGAGUAUCAAGAGUCGGGAACCUGUCGAAUACAAGAUGUCUGUUGUCAAUGAUAGUGGAGUAUAUUUGCCUCCUUCUCCUCCCGAAAAGAAAGGGUUCUGGCCAAAGCGCUCUCAUCCCUCCGCGAGCUCGAUAAGUACUCGCCAUAGCGUGGAUAUCGACCCCUUUCCAAUUUCAAGAGAAUCUUUCGAUUCCUACAGAAGGUCAUUUGAUAUUUCAGCGAGAUCGCCUGUACUGCGCGCUUCCCAUGAGUUUGGACGACAAAGUCUCGACUCAGCAAUCAUCCCCAGACUUCCACGAUCAGCCAUGAAUGAAAGACGAUUCGAGAGACAACCACCGACUGCAGAGGAGGGCUUUGAAGACGUGGGUCUUAACGACGAAGCCAAGCAGCCGAAGAAGAAGGGAUUCUUCUCCAAGUUCGGAGACAGCAAUAACGAGACAGGCACUCAAUCACCGAUCACGUCCAGAUUUCACAUUGGUGGAAGGAAGAGAGGACAAAGUGGCGUAGGAGAAGAGCUUGGGUAUAUGUCUCGGCCUGGGACGGCCGGAUCAAAGGAGAUCAGGGAGAUCACCGAGGAUGCCCAUUAG